AUGUUCAAUCUCAAUGACACAGUCUUCAUGCCCUCGGUGCUGACACUAAUUGGGAUCCCUGGUUUGGAGUCUGUUCAGGUCUGGAUUGGCAUUCCUUUCUGUGCUGUGUACAUCAUUGCUCUGUCUGGGAAUUCUCUGCUCCUGGUCAUUAUCAAAUCUGAGUCCAGUCUCCACGAGCCCAUGUAUCUUUUCCUCGGAAUGCUUGGAGCCACAGACAUUGUUCUUAGUACUUGCAUCUUACCUAAAAUGCUAGGAAUAUUCUGGUUUCAUCUGCCAAAGAUAUCCUUUGAUGCCUGUCUCUUGCAGAUGUGGUUCAUCCACACCUUCCAAUGUAUUGAGUCAGGUGUUCUGCUGGUCAUGGCCCUGGAUCGCUAUGUGGCCAUCUGUGAUCCUCUGAGACAUGCAACCAUUUUUACUGACCAAUUUCUCAUUCAGAUUGGGGUUGGGGUGACACUCAGAGCAGCCCUCCUUGUAGCUCCAUGUCUCAUCCUUAUCAAAUGCCGGCUGAAAUAUUACUGGACCACUGUGGUCACCCAUUCAUACUGUGAGCACAUGGCCAUUGUGAAGUUGGCAGCAGAAGAUAUUCAGAUCAACAAGAUCUAUGGUCUGUUUGUGGCUUUCAGUGUCCUUGGCUUUGACAUAAUCUUCAUCACACUAUCCUACAUUCGAAUAUUUACAACUGUCUUCAGUCUGCCUCAAAAGGAAGCCAGGCUCAAAGCAUUUAACACAUGCGUCGCUCACAUUUGUGUCUUUCUUGAGUUUUAUCUCCUAGCUUUCUUCUCCUUCUUUACACACAGAUUUGGGUUCCACAUUCCACCUUACAUUCAUAUUCUCCUGUCCAACAUUUACCUGCUUGUCCCACCUUUGCUCAAUCCUAUUGUGUAUGGUGUGAAGACCAAACAGAUUCGAAAUCAAUUGAAUGAAAUCUGCCUAUUAAAAACAUGA